CCAGAGCUCACUUUUCAAUUUGCACUCAUGUGGGCGCUCGUGUUGGCUUCGCUUCUCGUCGUCUGGCUGACGUGGCACCGCUACUCGCACCGGCACCACAACCAGUAUCCGUACGUCUACUCGUACCUGCCGUACCUGGGCGCGAGCAUUCAUUUCCGCCACGGCGCCGUGCGCUGCGUGCAACGUUGGGUGCGGCAGUACGGCACCAUCUUCAACAUCACGAUGCUGGGCGAGCCGCUCACGCUGAUCGCGGACCCGGCGCUCUUCUCGACCAUCUCGAAGCACCCGCAACUGAGCUUGCUCCCGCUCAAGACGCGCAUGAUGGGCGUCGGGUUCGGAGCGUUCACGUACGCCACGCAGCCGGACGAGACGAUCCAGUCGAUCGCCGCCGCAACGCGCAAGAGCCUCACGACGUCGCUCGGCUUUCACAAGCCGUCGCUCGACGAGUUCAACCACGCGAGUGCCACGACGCUUUUGCAAAAGCUGCAGCUAUCGUCGUCCCCCAAACGAGUCGCACUCUACCCGUUUCUCAACGAAGUGCUCUUUGAGACGCUUCUCGAAGUGUUUUAUGGCAAAGACCUCGCGACGCCGGCGUUCCGCGCCGACUUUAACGCGUGGGACGCCAAGUUUACCGCACUCUACGCGGGCUUCCCCGCCGCGUGGCUCGGCGUCGAGGAGCCCCGGCGUCGUAUGCAUGCGACGCUGCGGCAGUACGCUGCGACUUCUCGCGACAAGUUGUCGUCGGUCGUGACAGACCGGCUCGCGAUUUGCGCGACGCACGGCGUGUCACCCAGUGACACGGACGGCCACCAGCUCUCGUUCGUGUGGGCCAUGACGACCAACACGAUGCGGGCGUGCUUUUGGGCCAUCUGCUACCUACUGGAGAACCCGACCGCGUGGGCCGCCGUGCAGGAGGAAGUCGAGUUGCACGUCGGCGUCACCAAUACCACGUGGGAUCGAGACGCCAUCGAGAAGUGUGUGCGCCUCGAGUCAGCGGUCAAGGAGACGCUGCGCCUGGCCCUCAACUCGAGCGCCGUCCGGUACGCUAUGGAAGAUGUGACGCUCGACUUUCCCGAUGGUCGGCGGCUCGCCAUGCGCAAGGGCGACGGUCUCGUGCUCCAGAGCAACCUUGCCUACUACGACGAAGCGGCGUUUCCUGACCCGUUCAACUUCGCGUACGACCGGUUCUUAAACAACCCGAGCCUCGCCAAAGACUUUUCGCCCUUUGGCUUUGGGAAAUACCUCUGCCCCGGCCAGCACUAUGCCACCGACUUUGUCAAGAUUGUCGUCACGACGCUCAUGCUCCGCGCGUCGAUCACUAACGUCGAAGGCCGCGCAACGCUGCAGCACAACGCGGUCGGCGUCUUUAUCCCCAAGGACCCGCUCGCAGUACACGUGACGCUCCAAGCCCGCCAGGCGCCGCACGCCUGAGUUUGUUAGUUUUUGCAUAUAGUAGCGUUUUGCAUAGUACUACAGGUGUACCAUGGACAUGUUGUGCAUCGCACGAUUGUCGUUAAGGACUUGAGGACAUUCUACC